AUGGAUUUGGAUGAUCCAGGUCCAAUUCCAACACAAACAGACAUUAAAAAAGUAUGCUCAUUAUUAGCAACAGAUAUACGCAAACUAAACUCACUAAAAAAGGAAGAUGAAACAGAAUUUCACACACUUUGUCAAUCAAUUUUAGAAAGUACUAAAAAAUUAGAAGAAUUAACUGAAAUUGAUGGAUUUUCCUUGGUUUUGUUUGGUUCAGACUUAUAUCCAUUUAUCAAUUCUCUUAUUUCAAUUCCAGAUACAGAAAUUUCAGCAAUAUUUUUAUCGAUUUUAACCGAUCUUUCUGAGAAAACAGAGAAUAUAGAGAGACUCAUUAAAGAAAAAUACAUUAUUACAGCUAUAAAAAACGCAGAAUCAAUAGAUGAAAUCAAUAUCCAGAGUGAUGCUCAAUAUUUGUACUCUAUUUUCAAUUUGAUAUCAACAAUAAUCGAUGGUUGCGAAGAACCAAAAGCAUUUAUUGAUUCCUUUAUCAAAGAUACGAUAUUAUUAAAAUUAAUUGAAAGACAAUUUCAAAGAGACGAUUUUGAUCAAAAUGUUCUUGCUGCAUCCGAGUUAUUAGCCAUUAUUUUACAAUCUAAUACCUCUACAAUCGCUUUAAUUGAUGACGGAUUUAUUAAUUUGAUUUUACGCUUCUGUGCAAAUAUGCAUACGACCAAACAAGCUGAAGAAGAUGAAGCAGCCUCGAAUGCAUUCAAUAUCGUCAUCAUUCUCGCAAUGGAUCCAGUGACAGUGAAAAUUUUAGCAAAUUUAGGAGUUGUUGAUAUUUUGCUACAAUGCACUGGCUCUUCAUCCCACAAAACGGAGAAGAGUUCGGCUCUGUUAGCGUACAAUGCCUUGGAUGCUUGUUUGUCCACUUUGCCGCUUUGUUGCGAACAAUUUGUUGAUGCUGAUGGAAUUCAAAAGGUUUUUGGUUUGUUAGGCAACCAAUCUCUUAAGAAGAACUUUGAGUUCUUGUCUAAUGUUAUUUCUAUCAUCGAUUCGCUUCUUUCUUCGUUACAAAAAGAUUCAACACAAAUGAAGAGAGUUUUGAGAAAAUUCCAAGAAAAAGAUUAUGAAAAGAUGAAUAUAUGGAUAAAACUGACUGAAUACUUAUUCAAGAAUGUAAAUUUCGAAGAAGAAGACCAAUCAAAUUCUGAUAUCUUUGAUACUUUCCUUCAAUGUUGUUCAUCAAUAUCCAUUUUGAUGUAUCUGUUGCCAAAUGAAGCCAAAGUAGAGUUGGCGUCUAAAAUUAAUGAAUCAAUGGUUAUUGACUACCAAUUAGUCAUUGAUUCUGCAUUAGAGCUGUUGGAACAGUCACCAAACAUUAAAGAUCGCGUAGAAGGUGGUAUUAAAAUUAUAGAGUUAUUAUGUAAAAGUGAUGAAUAA